AUGGCUGCUGCUCAAUCCACUACCAUCUCCAAGCGUCGCAAGUUUGUUGCCGAUGGUGUUUUCUACGCCGAGUUGAACGAGUUCUUCACUCGUGAGUUGGCUGAGGAGGGAUACUCCGGUGUUGAGGUCCGCGUUACGCCCACUGUCACCGCCAUCAUUAUCUCCGCCACACACACCCAGGAGGUUCUCGGUGACCAGGGACGCCGCAUCCGUGAGCUCACCUCGCUCGUCCAGAAGCGAUUCAAGUUCCCCGAGAACUCGGUCACCCUGUACGCCGCCAAGGUCCAGAACCGUGGUCUUUGCGCUGUCGCCCAGUGCGAGUCCCUGCGAUACAAGCUCCUCAACGGUCUUGCUGUCCGAAGAGCGUGCUACGGUGUCCUCCGUUUCAUCAUGGAGUCGGGAGCCAAGGGUUGUGAGGUUGUUGUGUCCGGAAAGCUGCGUGCUGCCCGUGCCAAGUCGAUGAAGUUCACCGACGGUUUCAUGAUCCACUCCGGUCAGCCCGUCCGCGACUUUAUCGACUCUGCCACACGUCACGUUCUCCUCCGCCAGGGUGUCCUCGGUAUCAAGGUCAAGAUCAUGCGUGGAACCGACCCUGACUCCAAGGCCGGAAACAACAAGUCGCUUCCCGACACCGUCACCGUCAUUGAGCCCAAGGAGGAGAUGCCCAUCACCACUCCCUCAUCUCAGGACUACGGUGCCAAGGCUGCUGCUGCUGCCGCUGCCGCCCAGCAGGCUUCCCAGGAGGCUGCCCAGGAAGACAAGGUCGAGACCGGAAACGAGGGCUACGUUCAGGAGGAGCAGCCCGCUGCUGAGGCCGCUGUUGAAUGGUAAUCUGUUUUCGAAUUUCGCACUGGGUUUUUUUUGUAGAAAGGGGCCAAAAUACGUCACGGUAAAAUGACGACCUGAAUCACACAAGUCAUGCGGUGUAGUGCAUUUGUCCUACAUACUGGGGAACUGGCGUAAACAAUGGAGUCUGGGAUAUUCAACCAACCAACGGCGAGAGUUUCCACUGAAUUGCGGGGUGAACAUGCAGUCCAGUGUAGUCCGCUACCUAUCAAUUUUGGCUCCAUUCACGACUCGAUUACGCAAUUGUCUACUUCCAUCUUCCCAUUGCGUUCGGUGUAGAACCUUAAGGCGAGAGUCUAUUCUCUAGCGCUUGC